CGUCUGCCGCAAAAGCAAGUGCGAAGUGGACUCAGUUUGGCGAGAUCUUCUGAACGAAAGACCUGAACGACGCGAAGUUUAUAUUUUGGAGCUGAUGAUACAAAACUGGUUCAUGAGUCAGUAUCCAAACUAGUGUGGAGUAAUGCUGUACCGAAAACUGCGCGGUUCGGCGAAGACUACAAGAAGUCAACUGUGUUUCACGUUUCCAGCGCAACAACGAGACUCAUAUCUCGGCGGCGUGAAAAGAAAGUGUGUCAUUGGAAAUCAUCCAUGGUGGCUUUGAUUUAGGUGUGGUUUUAUGAACUGUUUCGGAGCCUCAUCCAGGUGGGAAACAAAUGUAGGCCCUAUACAUCAGCCUUAGCCUUCCGUUGGUAGAACGUUUUACGAACGGUACGUGUGGUCACAUACCGGAGCAGUAAUUAACCCACCGCAGAAUGUGGAUGCUGGAAGCUGUGACGGUCGACUGCUAGUGAAGGUGGUAUCUGUAGAAUGCUGGCGAAUUCAUCGAAGUACAACCAGCCACUGGCGGUCACGAUUCCAUGUGUGCGUGUAGAGAUUCAUUAGCAAUCAACAAUCGAUCCCAUCGGACCGUAACAAUCGGCUGUGCCACAUCUCAUAAAUCAAGUUUCUCAACGAAGGAUUGUUAGCACGUGUGUGCAAAAAGUGUGUGUUUUCGCGUUCGUCCCGCACGAGAAAAUAACUCGCCAAAAUACGGAAGGACUUAAACGCAUGCACGGCUACCAACUGACAGAUUUUACCCGUCAGCAGAGCCAUGUCGUCGGCCGGCGCUACCAAAAGCAAACCGAAGAAGACCAGCAAUCUGCGCAUCAUGUGGAUCCCGGGCCGCAAGAAUCAGCACCGCAAGGGCACGUACAACCUGACGAAGAAUGGCCUCCCGCAGACGUACGGGAUGCAGCCGCGCAAAAACGAGCCCUGGACCCUCGGUGGACCGCUGAAUCAGAGUAAAAUCAUAAACGCAAACUUCUUUUUCAGAGACCUGCACGAGAACAACCUCGACGUGGCGAGUCUCGCGGCCGGCGGCGCCAUGACUCUGGCCGCGAUGACGUCCAAUGGGACCAUCAUCAAAGCGAACGGUGUGGCAGUUUGUGAUCAACAGCAGCAGCAGCAGCAGGAUCAUGAUCGGUUACAAGGGGAACCGACGCCGUCCACCUCACAACAGCCGGGUGGGUCAACCGCGACACAGCCUCAGAUCGUUGUCGGUACAAUCGAGCUGAACAAUUUAAACGGGGAUGCUGUGAAUAUCAAGCAGGAAAAGGACAUCGGGACGAGCAAUCAGUUUGAAACGCUCACGCUCAUCGACGAGGACGACGAGGAGGAAAAGGAUCGAAACUGUUCGAACGCGCACUCUUCCUCGUCGCUGCUGUCGUCAAACAAUGACAACCGCUCGGCGGAAGAGAACAAUGUGCACAGUGCGGCCACACUGUCGAUUAGUGAGCAGCACGCUCGCCGGAAGGCCCGGCGCCGCAGCAGCAGUCAGAAAGGUCGCCAAAGUGCUGAGGAUAUCGACUCGAUCGACCGGGCCGACAGUGCGGUCGAUGUGACGCACGUCGACGAACCACACACGUUCGAGGAGGAUACGGUGGAACGGAAACAGGAUGGUGCGGAAACGGUGAUUUUAAGGAAGCGGAAAAGCAAGAGACGAUCGCAACGGCGCCGACCGACGGUGGGGACGGAGGCCGCGGCGGCGGCGGCUGCGACCGGCACACCACUGGAUGCAGUGGACGGGCAGCAGGAAGAGGACGAUGAGGAGGAGGAUGAGGAAGAGGAACAUAAAGAACCCUACGACAAAGCGGUCACCUGCCUCUACUGGUCGCUUGCUUGUUGGGAUUGCAAUAUUUCUUAGAAUACCGUUCCCUUUUCUGAGAUAAACCUCUUGUAACUCUGAAUAUAAUGAUCCAUGAAUACUAAACAUGGAAGUGGACAAAGCUUCCAAACACUUUCGACGAUAGUGAGGGAAGCAUAUAGGAUAUAUAAUUUAUAGGCAGCUACAAAAUUAGCAAGCAAGCUAGAGUGACAUGCACUCCUUACGCGUUCAUGGGAAGCAAAGAUGCGGUUUGUGUAUCAUGAUGGAUCAAUUACGAAAUCUCAGUAUUUCCGCAUUUUUUUUUUUCGCAAGACUUGACCCUAGCUUUGGCUGAGAAGUAGAAGGUAGGUUACUAAAGUACAUCCCGUAUAGAAUAAGGUGAAAAAGAAAGAGGGUAACAUAUACCGACGAAGAACGGCGUCACUACUGUGCAAAAGUUUAGUAACAUUAACGAUGAGACUAUUUAUAAACGAAACACCAGCAAAUAAAUGUAGAAAUGUAAAUUUUUUAUAACAAAAUAACUGUGUAAACAGUUCGUCUUUAUUUCAUAGUACAUGGCGUACAGACGUUCGCUUACGU